AUGCAUCCCCAACUAUCUGACAAGAGGCUUGGUGUGUACUCCCAGCUUUGCGUAAUAGAUUAUCCCUUGUUGAACUUUGCCCAAGCGUGCAGGGAAUUCAUACAAGCCCUUGAUGCUUGUCAUGCCAGCAACUGGGCUCGACUGACCGGGGGGUGCAACAAGGAAAAACUCAGGCUGAACGAAUGUCUGCAUAAGGAGAGUCUCGCACGUUCCUCAAGAAACCGUGAACAUGCUAAGGAACAGCGACUCAAAACCGAGCAAUCGUGGAAAGAAUUACACGAAAACGACUAA